GUCCUGGGGCUUAAGUGGGGGGACACAGGAGCCCUGCGGGGGUGGCUCAUAACUCUGUCCCUGCAACAGCCUGUCAGGGAGGGAGGCACCGGGUGAGGCACUGGCAGAGAUUUUGCAACUGGAUGCUGAGGGCUGAGAGGCACCGCCUCUCCGCCUCUCCGGAACAGGGAUCAGGGAAUGCCCCACUCCUAGGUGCACCUGGGAUGGGUGGAGAGAGCACGAGGAACCUGUGCCUGACGUUGAGUCUAGUUAGGUCAUGGAGACAGCGUGGGGUCUGUAGGACCAAGACCUUGCCCAUGACUCUGAGGGCUGUCUGCCUUUUAUCCAGGCCCUGGGGUCCCUUAUUAGUCUUUUGGGGUGCCUCUUAGCAAAGCUAAACAGGCCCAGGCAGUGGCUGGGCGAACCACCCAUGGGUGCCUGGCUGGGCCAGUAGAGUCGCCACAUUCCAGGCUCUUGGCUGGCGGAGAAGGAGACAGACGGGUGCGGGUUCCGCCUCCACUGGGAGGCCAGAGGCCCCGAAGAUGGAGGAACAGGUGUUCAAGGGGGACCCAGACACCCCUCAUUCCAUCUCCUUCUCGGGGAGCGGGUUCCUUUCCUACUACCAGGCUGGGGCUGUGGACGCUCUGCGAGACCUGGCCCCGAGGAUGCUGGACACAGCCCAUCGUUUUGCUGGGACAUCAGCCGGCGCGGUGAUCGCUGCCCUGGUCAUCUGUGGGAUUGAAAUGGAGGAGUACCUCCGAGUGCUGAACAAGGGCCUGGCUGAGGUGAAGAAGUCCUUCCUGGGCCCUCUGUCCCCGUCCUGUAAGAUGGUACAGAUGAUGCGACAGUUUUUGUACGACGUCCUGCCCGAGGACUCCUACAAGUUUGCCACCGGGAAGCUGCACGUGAGCCUCACCAGAGUCACAGACGGGGAGAACGUGGUGGUUUCAGAGUACACGUCCAAGGAAGAGCUCAUCGAGGCCCUGUACUGCAGCUGCUUCGUUCCUGUGUACUGUGGGUUCAUUCCUCCGACAUACCGGGGUGAGCGGUACAUCGAUGGUGGCUUCACGAGCAUGCAGCCCUGCGCCUUCUGGACAGACUCCAUUACCAUCUCCACCUUCAGCAGCCAGCAGGACAUCUGUCCGAGAGACUGCCCGGCCAUCUUCCAUGACUUCCGAAUGUUCAACUUCUCCUUCCAGUUCUCCCUGGAGAAUAUCACCCGCAUGACACAUGCGCUUUUCCCGCCAGACCUGGUGAUCCUGCAGGAUUACUACUAUCGGGGCUAUGAUGACGCCGUUUCAUACCUGCGGAGGCUGAAUGCUGCCUACCUCGACUCCCCCAGCAAGAGAGUGAUUUUCCCCAGGGUGGAAGUGUACUGCCAGAUAGAAGUUGCCCUUGGCCACGAGCCCUCAGCUCAGCGGGACAAGCUUGAAGACUCCUCACUACCCCAUGCUCAGGGGGCUCCCCAAGAGGACAGGAAGGAUGGCCAUUCUCUAGCUUCCCCAUCAGUGCAGACACCCGAAUCCAGGACCAGCGGGGUUGUGGAGUCACCAGGGGGCUCCUCAUCUAAGCAGUCACCAGCAUCGCCGUCGACCCCACCCCAGCCAUGCCCGGAAAUGAGUCCUGGGCUGCCCACUGACCCCAGGGACACUGACCCAGUGAAUCUUCAAACUCCAAGCCUGAAGGAAGGAGUGAAGGAUGGCUGUCAACCGGACUCGGCCGCUGACGACAACCGAGGCACAAAAAGCCUGCCACCGGUGUCGCACACCUCAGACUCAGCGGCAGCCGCGCACAGCUCAGAGGCUGGAUCCUCAGUGCCUGAAUCAUCACCUGAAUCCCCUCAUUGUUCUGGACUGCUGCUCAGACAUCCCCAGGCAGCCACAGCAGCCUGGGCAGCCUCCAGACUUCCGCCCUCGGGUCCUUCAACACCACCUGCCCUGACACCCGUGGAGGAGCCCGGCCCAGAGCUAUGGGCCCGACCCACAGGGCCUCCUGCCUCUCCACAGCUGACAAGCUUGGCAGCACCGGGCACCAGGAAGCAAGCCCUCCACAAGCCUCUGGGGGACAGUCUUGCUGUGGAUUCAAACAGGACAGACAAGAUGUUCAAGAAGAAACAGAAGACAAAUGCCACCAGAGAGUUCUUCCAGAGAAACCCUCGCUCCAAGAAGCCAGCCAGCAAGCUGCAGUCUGCUCCUCGUCCACUGGACUUUCCUGUACUCUCCACUUCCAAGACAGUUUGGGUCACCUACAAACCUCAUCCCAGUCGGAUCCAAGAAUACAGCUGCCCUGAGGGAGUGGGCGGACAGAGUGCCUAGGCUGGCUGACGCAGGAGAGACCCCAGUGUCCUGGAGUCCAAGUCCAGCUUCCCACCCAAGACGGGCCGGUUGGGACCAGGGGGUUGCUCUAGCCUUCCAGGGUUCAGCAGUGCAGAAGGUCUGCUCCCCCUCCCCAUGUCUGUUUCCCUGCCUGAGGAGUCUCCUGCCCACCAAAGCCUCCCCCAAGGGAGGGACCUGAGCAGCAUUCUGGGCUCCAGAGAUUUUCCAUCCCCCUGGAACUGUAAGGCUCAGCCAUGCAGACCAGCAGUUGUGUGCUUUCCCAGUCUUGGAGUACGGGGAGGAUGUCAAGGACAAAAUGUCCAAUCCCCCACACCAGUGAGGGUGGAGUGUUCUUCUCACCGCUAUGACAGUGAGGCACACGGAAGACAUCUCCAGCCUCAGUGGGUGAUGCUCUGGGGACAUGUAAAAUUAAACAUCUGCUCUCAAGCUGGUGUGGUACAGCAGCCCCAAAAUGGCUUGUGCAAGUUUUUUUUUUUUUUUUGGUUUUUCGAGACAGGGUUUCUCUGUGGCUUUGGAGCCUGUCCUGGAACUAGCUCUUGUAGACCAGGCUGGUUUCGAACUCACAGAGAUCCGCCUGCCUCUGCCUCUCGAGUGCUGGGAUUAAAGGCGUGCGCCACCAUCGCCCGGCUUUGUUCAAGUUCUUGAGGAGUAACAGUGAGUUGAGAAAAGGGGUUACUGUGGAGAACUGCAUUCCUGAGGUGUUCGACUCCUGUGGGGUGGCUCUUGUUAAUCCGGCUGGGCAAGAAUAAGAUCACUACCACAAUUUUUGAGUUAAAAUUGAAGCAAGCUUUAUUUUAGUAUUAUUUUGUUUGUUUGUUUUUGGUUUUUCGAGACAGGGUUUCUCUGUAGCUUUGGAACCUGUCCUGGAACUUGCUCUGUAGACCAGGCUGGCCUCGAACUCAGAGAUCUGUCUGCCUCUGCCUCCCCAGUGCUGGGAAGCAAGCUUUAUUAAAAACAGGCCAGGAUGGUGGAUAUCGGCCAGGUCAAUACCCGGAAUUUUCAGAGAAUGACUAUUAGUCCGAUGUCUAUAAAGGCAAAAGCCACAAGGCUAUGUACUUCGUGCCUUCGUCCAAUCAGAGGCAAGCAUACACCCUGACGUACUUCCUGCCUACAUACCUCCCACCUAUGUGUGAUCAAGCACAUCCUGUGUGGUUGGGGCAACCAA